AUGUCUGAUAGUGAAUUUAUUUCUGCUAAACACAAGGCACAAAAUAAUUCAAAUUUUACACAGCAAGAAUUAGCAGGUAAAUUUGAAAUUGGCCAGUCAACAGUAGCAGAUAUUCUUGCAAAGUCAUCUUAUUGGCUUAGUUUGGAUGACAAAAAUAGUCAAAUGCAUCUUGCUCAUCGAAAAAUUCUUUUACUUGUAGAUAAUUGUUCAGCACAUUCUAUUGAAGGUUCGAAUUUGUCUAAUAUUAAUGUAGUUUUUCUUCCAAAAAAUACUAUGGCAUGGUUACAACCAUGCGAUGCUAGAAUCAUCUACUUAUUUAAGCUAUUAUUACAAAACCGAAUUGCUGCAUUUGAUGAAGCAAAUCUAACCAAUAAACCCCCAGAUCCUUUUACAAUUUAUGAUGCAAUUCAUAUUCUUCCUUUUGCAGAAAUUGAUGAAUGUUUGGAUACAGAAGUUUCAGCUGAAAUAAAUAAUAACAAUGAGGAAACAGAAUUAGAAAAUCUCAUUACACAAUUUCAGAAUUUAAAAAAUCCUGAAAACUCUGAGCAUUUAAAUAUUUCUAUACAUAAGUUUAUCGAAAUUGAUAAUAAAUAUGCAACAGGUGAAAUGCCUACAAUUAACAAGCUUAUAGAAAAAAUGCAAGAAAGUGAAACCGAAGAAGAAGAACUAGAGAAGCAAAAACCUGUUACACCAACUCAAGCUGUUACUGGAAUAGAUUCAGUAUUGGGUUAUAUUGAACAGCUUGAAUCGAAUUUUCAAAUUGAUAUUAAAGUUUUUGCUGAACUUAAACGGAUGCGAAAAGAGCUUGCUUAUUUAACAAAAAAAAAUUCAAAGCAAACAAAAUUGGAUUUGUUUUUUAUUAAAGAAUAA